AUGACUCGAUCUAUGCGACUUUUGUUUGAGAUCAGCAACUUAAAAACAGCAACUCCUGCGACUGUUUCCCGUGCAGGCAUCCUGUUCAUGAAUCCAUAUGAUAUUGGCUGGAACCCAUAUGUACAGAGCUGGAUUGAUAAAAGAGAAGUGCAACAAGAAAAAGCUAACCUAACAAUCCUGUUUGACAAAUAUGUAGGUUCUUUGCUAGACUGCAUGCGUAUUCGCUUCAAGAAGAUAACCCCAGUUCAGGAGAUUGCUCAUGUGCAGAUGCUAACAUACUUACUGGAGUGUGUUCUCACUGAAGAGAACUGCCCUGCAGAGUCAUCCAAAGAAUUGUACGAACUAUAUUUUGUAUUCUGCUGUGUGUGGGCUUUUGGUGGCUGCUUGUUUCAGGAUCAGCUUUGUGACCACCGAGUUGACUUCACCAAGUGGUUUGUCUUGGAAUACAAAACUGUGAAGUUCCCAUCAGCUGGAACAGUGUUCGACUACUAUCUCUGUCCUAAUACACGGACAUUCAAGCCAUGGACAAACCUUGUGCCAAGUUUUGAGUUUGAUCCAGAUAUUCCAUUACAGGCCACUAUUGUACACACAGCAGAAACUCAUCGCCUGAAAUAUUUCCUGGACAUGUUGGUGGCCACCCGCCGGCCGGUGAUGCUUGUAGGGGCUGCUGGUACUGGCAAAACUGUGUUGAUGAACAACAAACUGAAGUCUCUCAACACUGAUGACUAUGUCAUUGCCAAUGUGCCUUUUAACUUCUACACCACUAGUGAGAUGCUUCAGAACAUCCUGGAAAAGCCCCUGGAGAAGAAAGCUGGUCGAAAUUAUGGGCCACCUGGCACAAAAAAGUUGAUCUAUUUUGUUGAUGAUAUGAAUAUGCCAGAAGUAGACAAGUAUUUCACUGUGCAGCCGCACACACUGGUCAGGGCUUGCAUAGACCACGCUCACUGGUAUGACCGACAGAAACUCUCCCUUAAAGAAAUACACAAUGUUCAGUUUGUUUCCUGCAUGAAUCCUACAGCCGGCUCUUUUACCAUAGAUGCUAGGCUGCAGCGCCAUUUCUGUGUGUUCGCCUUGAGUCUGCCAACUAAAGAUGCCCUGCUAGCAAUCUAUAGCAACAUUCUUGGACAACACAUGCAGUUAAAUAAUUUUAGCCAUACUCUCCAGCGUUACUGUAACAACAUUGUGCAUGGAGCUAUUGCCUUUCAGGCAAAAAUGAUGUCCAGCUAUCUACCCACGGCCAUUAAGUUCCACUAUAUUUUUAAUUUAAGAGACAUGUCCAAUAUUUUCCAGGGUAUGCUGUUUGCAAAUGCAGAGUGCUGCAGAACAGUAGUUAACUUGGUGAGACUUUACUUCCAUGAGGCAGAAAGAGUCUACAAAGACAAGCUAGUAGAUGAAAAUGAUAUUGACAUGUAUGACAAGUUUCAAGUGGAGAUCCUCAAAAAGAACUUUGAGGAUCAGAAAGAAGACCAGAUCAACGAAAGGCCCCGCAUCUGCUGCCACUUUGCUCAUGGUGUCGGCGAUCUGAGCUAUGACUUCAUUCAGAGUUGGCCUCAGAUCAAUAAAAUUCUCACUGAUGCUCUGGACAGUUACAAUGAAUUGAAUGCAGCAAUGAACUUGGUUCUCUUUGAGGAUGCCAUGGCACAUAUCUGCAGGAUUAACAGAAUUCUGGAGUCACCUAGAGGCAAUGCUCUUCUCAUUGGCGUGGGUGGAAGUGGCAAGCAGUCCCUUUCUCGUAUGGCAGCCUUCAUUAGUGGGCUGGAUGUGUUUCAGAUCACAUUGACUAAACAAUAUGGAAUAACAGAACUAAAAAUGGACUUGAAUGGCUUGUACAAGAAAACAGGACAUAAAGGUCUUGGAGUAGUGUUUUUGAUGUCGGAUGCUCAGGUGGCCAGUGAGAUGUUUUUGGUGUUGAUAAAUGAUCUGCUGGCCUCUGGAGAGAUACCUGGCUUGUUUGGAGAGGAUGAAGUGGAGGAGAUCAUGGGUUCAAUGAUGAAUGAAUGCAAACAGAUUGGAAUACCUGACACUAGAGAAAAUGCUUGGUCUCUGUUUAUUGAUAAAGUCCGGAAAAACUUGAAAGUGGUACUUUGCUUCUCGCCUGUUGGCAACACCCUCCGUGUUCGAAGUCGCAAAUUUCCAGCCGUCACCAACUGUACCAGCAUUGACUGGUUCCACGAGUGGCCAGAGGAAGCCUUAAUUUCUGUCAGUCGCCGUUUUCUAAGUGAUAAUGAGCUAUUGGAGCCAAAUAUGCGGGAUUCUAUUUCCCAAUUCAUGGCCUUUGUGCAUAAGUCAGUCAAUGAAGCAAGUGCUUCUUACUUGAGGAACGAGCACCGUUACAAUUACACUACACCCAAAUCAUUCUUGGAGCAGAUCAAGCUCUACCAGAACCUGCUUGCAAGCAAGUAUGAAGAGUUACAAGCCAGUAUUAUCAGGCUAGAGAAUGGAUUAGAAAAACUUCGUAGCACUGCAUCCCAGGUGGAUGAUUUAAAAUCCAAACUGGCAUCACAAGAAGUGGAACUGGCUGCGAAGAAUGCAGAGGCCAAUGAUCUGAUCGCAGUUGUCAGUGCUGAGACAGAAAAGGUCAUGGCAGAAAAAGCUAUAGCUGAUGUGGAGGAGGAGAAAGUGUCAAUAAUUGCAGUGGAAGUAGAACAGAAGGCUAGUGACUGUUCAAGAGAUUUAGCUAAAGCUGAGCCUGCACUGUUGGCUGCAAAAGACGCUUUGAAUACAUUAAACAAGAACAACCUGACUGAGCUGAAGUCCUUUGGCUCACCUCCAGCAGCAGUAACAAAUGUUAUAGCUGCUGUCAUGGUGCUGUUGGCUCCUGGAGGAAAUGUACCCAAAGACAGAUCUUGGAAAAAUGCUAAAGCUUCUAUCAUGGCAAAGGUGGAUUCUUUUCUAGAUGCCUUAAUUAACUAUGACAAGGAUAACAUCCCCUUAAGCUGUCAGCUAGCAGUGAAACCUUACUUAGCUGACCCAGAAUUUGAUCCUCCAUUAAUCAAGGCCAAAUCCAUGGCAGCAGCAGGUCUGUGUUCAUGGGUGAUUAACAUUAUGAGAUAUUAUGAAGUAUUCUGUGAAGUGGAGCCAAAAAGACUUGCAUUGAAGAAAGCAAAUGAGGACUUGAAUUCAGCACAGACUAAACUGGCUGCCAUUAAAGCGAAAGUUUCAGUGCUGGAGGAAACACUAGCUGAAUGUCAAGCUGAGUUGAGUAAAGCUGUAGCCACCAAACAAAAGUGUCAGGACGAGGCAGAUGCCACGGCAGCAGUUAUUGAGCUAGCAAACCGAUUAGUGGGUGGUCUAGCUUCAGAAAAUGUCCGUUGGGCAGAAGCAAUUGGUAACUUCCAUAAAAAUGGGCUGACACUGGCUGGAGAUGUAUUGCUAAUUACUGCUUAUAUUUCUUAUGUCGGUUCAUUUACGAAGCUGUACCGAACUGACCUGCUAGAAAACAAGUGGCUUCCCUUCAUGAAGAAACUCAAGUAUCCAAUUGCUGUCACCGAAGGCCUGGACCCAUUGGUCAUGCUGGUUGACAGUGCAGUGAUUGCCAGUUGGGCCAAUGAGGGCCUACCCAGUGACAGAAUGUCUAUAGAAAAUGCCACAAUCCUCACCAGUUGUGAACGCUGGCCACUGAUGAUAGACCCACAGCUACAGGGCUAUAAGUGGAUCAAGACACGAUACGGAAGUAAUCUUAGGACGGUGAGGCUUGGAGCUCAAGGCUAUUUAGAUACCAUUGAGAAGGCUGUGGAGACAGGAGAAGUACUUCUGAUGGAAAAUAUUGGUGAAAAUGUGGAUGCUGUACUGGAUCAUCUGCUGGGAAGAAACACCAUUAAAAAAGGCAGGGCUAUAAGAAUUGGUGACAAGGAGAUCAACUACCACAGGAACUUCAAACUGAUACUGCAGACAAAGCUGGCAAAUCCCCACUACAAACCAGAGAUGCAGGCACAGACAACACUGAUUAAUUUCACUGUGACCAGAGAUGGCCUAGAAGACCAGUUGCUGGGAGCUGUCGUGUCCAAGGAGAGGCCUGAUUUGGAGAAGCUGAAAUCUGAUCUCACACGUCAACAGAAUGAGUUUAAAAUUGUUCUUAAAGAGCUGGAAGACAACCUACUUGCCCGACUGUCAACUGCUGAAGGAAACUUCCUCGGUGACUACGCUUUAGUUGAAAAUCUGGAAACUACCAAGCGCACAGCUGCUGAAAUCGAACAGAAGUCUGAAGAGGCCAAGAUUACUGAAGUGGAAAUUAACUUGGCCAGAGAAAACUAUCGCCCAGUAUCAGCAAGGGCAGCACUUCUCUAUUUUAUUAUGAAUGACCUCUUUAAGAUUCACCCCAUGUACCAGUUUUCACUAAAGGCCUUCAGUGUUGUGUUUGACAAGGCCAUUGACAAAGCUGAAUAUGCCGAAACAGAAGCAGAAAGAGUGGUAAACCUGAUAGAUUCCAUCACAUAUUCAACAUAUGUUUAUACAACCAGGGGCUUGUUUGAAAGAGACAAGCUUAUUUUUGGAACCAUGAUGACAUUUCAGAUUCUGACUCACCUGAAAGAGAUUGACAUGGAUGCUUUAGAUUUCCUGCUGCGGUACCCAGCCACCUCUGACCAGGCGUCACCAGUGGACUUUCUCAAUGAUCUCAGCUGGGGCGGUAUUAAAUCCCUGUCAGAUAAAGAAGCGUUCAAAAAUCUGGACAAGGAUGUCUUGGGUUCAGCCAAACGAUGGAAAAAAUUUGUAGAAGGCGAAGCUCCAGAGAAGGAAAAGUUCCCCCAAGAAUGGAAAAACAAAUCUCCCAUUGAGAAACUGUGUAUGAUGAGAGCACUCAGGCCUGACCGCAUGAGUAAUGCAAUAACCGGAUUUAUUGAAGAAUCCAUGGGUCGAAAGUAUGUGGAGAACCGCACAGUGGAAUUUGGCAAGUCAUAUGAAGAGUCGGGACCCGCGACACCCAUCUUUUUCAUCCUGUCGCCCGGUGUAGAUCCACUUAAAGAUGUUGAGAAGGUAGGGAAGAAGUUUGGCUAUAGCACAGCAAAGGAAAACCUGCACAAUGUUUCCCUCGGCCAGGGACAAGAAAUAGUGGCGGAAAGAGCUAUUGAUCUGGCUGCAAAGAAAGGCCACUGGGUUGUUCUUCAGAAUGUUCAUUUAGUUGCUAGAUGGCUGCCCAAUCUGGAGAAAAAGUUGGAGCAGUAUUCAGAAGAAAGUCAUCUGAAUUACCGCUUGUUUAUCAGUGCAGAACCUGCAGGUUCCAGAGAGUUCCACAUCAUGCCACAGGGUAUCCUGGAAUCUUCUGUGAAAAUCACCAAUGAGCCUCCAACUGGCAUGUUUGCCAACUUACAUAAGGCCCUGGAUAAUUUUACCCAGGAUACCCUGGAGAUGUGCUCCAAGGAAGUUGAAUUCAAGGCCAUCUUGUUUUCACUGUGCUACUUUCAUGCAGUGGUUUGUGAGAGGAGGAAAUUUGGAGCCCAAGGAUGGAACAGAGUGUACCCAUUCAAUGUUGGAGAUUUGACCAUCAGUGUCAAUGUCUUAUAUAACUAUCUGGAAGCCAACAACAAGGUGCCUUGGGAAGAUUUGCGAUAUUUAUUUGGUGAAAUCAUGUAUGGAGGACAUAUCACAGACGACUGGGACCGUAAGUUAUGCAGAACCUACCUAGAAGUCUAUAUGAAUCAGGAUAUGAUUGAUGCUGAGCUGUAUCUUGCUCCUGGAUUCCCAGUGCCUCCCAACAGUGAUUAUGAAGCUUACCAUCUGUACAUAGAUGAGGAUCUGCCCCCAGAAAGUCCAUAUCUCUAUGGUCUCCACCCCAAUGCUGAGAUUGAAUUCCUCACAAAAACAUCAGACAAUCUCUUGAGAACUGUGUUUGAGAUGCAGCCACGCGAUGCUUCAGGAGGAGGGGGAGAGAGUGUAUCCAAGGAAGACAAGGUCAAGGAAAUUUUAGAUGACUUAAUAGAACGGUUGCCAGAUCCAUUCAACAUGGAAGAAAUUAUGCAGAAAGUUCCCCCAGAUGAGAGGACACCUUUUGUUGUUGUAGCCUUCCAAGAAUGUGAACGAAUGAAUAUGUUGACUGGAGAAAUUAGACGCUCUCUGAAAGAACUUGAUUUGGGACUCAAGGGUGAGUUGACCAUCACACCAGAGAUGGAAGAACUCAGCAAUGCAAUGUUUCUCAACAAUGUUCCCCCACAGUGGGAGAAAAAGGCUUAUCCUUCUCUCUUUCAGAUGGCUCAGUGGUAUGGUGACAUGUUACAGAGGGCUCGAGAGCUGGAUAACUGGAUAGGAGAUUUUAGCCUGCCUGCUAGCGUCUGGCUGGGCGGCUUUUUUAAUCCACAGAGUUUCCUCACUGCUAUUAUGCAACAAACAGCCAGGAAGAAUGAAUGGCCUCUAGAUCGCAUGUGCUUACAGUGUGAUGUGACCAAGAAAACCAAGGAAGAAAUGUCUGGGCCACCACGAGAAGGAGCAUAUGUUCAUGGACUCUACAUGGAAGGAGCCCGCUGGGACGUUCAGACUGGUUUUAUAGCAGAGUCAGUAUUGAAAGAACUCACGCCCAGAAUGCCGGUGAUCUUCCUCAGGGCUAUCCCUGUGGACCGCGUGGAUCAGAGGCUGGUGUAUGAGUGUCCAGUUUAUAAAACAAAGGGUCGCGGUCCCACCUUUGUGUGGACCUUCAGGCUGAGAACAAAGCUUGAACCAUCAAAGUGGGUGUUAGGUGGUGUUGCUUUACUUCUACAAGUAUAA